UUUUUUUUUGGUAGUUGUCAUUGUUGUUUGGCAGGCCCGGUGCAUGUGGCCGGUGCCCUAACCACUGAGCAACAGGCACGCCGAGCCUAAAAAGUUACUUUCCAUUCGCCGCAUUCCCUCUCCCCGCAGAGCAAGCGCUUGAUCCGCAGUUACUGGGUGACGAGGCUCUGAGGGUGAAGCCUUUCCUGGGCUGUCGGGAGAACUCUCACCCAUCCUUCAAAGGGCCCAUCCUAAUCCCAGCCCUUUGGGAGGAAGGAGGAUCCCUUGGGGUCAAGAGUUUGAUACCAGCCUGAAGAACACAGUGAGACGUUUCCAUAAAAAAUUGUUUUAGAUUAGCGAAGCGUGGCGGCGCGUGCCCGUAGUCCGAUCUACUCGGAAGGCUGAGGCAGGAGGACCGCUUCAGCCCAGACGUUUAAGGCUGCAGGGAGUUAGGCCAACGCCAUGGCACUUUCGCCCGGCGACAGAGCCAGACCCCGUCUCAAGAAAACAAAACCGAGUUCCAGGCCUCAGGGCCGCUUCCUCCGCGUCCCGCGGGCAGAUACGCGCGCCCCACGGCACGAAGACGCCGCACGCGCGGGCGGUGUGAGCCCCGGAGGCGGCGCGCGGGGCAUCUCGGGGGAUGUAGUCCCCUAGAAGGUCCGCCCCGGCUCGCGGCCGCGCCUCCCAGCACUACAACUCCCACGCGGCAGCGGGACACUGGCUGCCCGCGCCGGCCGACGGAUCGGGCCUCCGGCUCGCGCUCGGGCCCUGGCUGGCGCCGCGCUGGCGGGGUAGGAAGAUGGCGGACGUGGCCGCGGGCAAGGACAAGUGUGGGGAGCACCGGCUCGUGUCGCUGCCCCUGUCCCGCAUCCGAGUCAUCAUGAAGAGCUCCCCCGAGGUGUCCAGCAUCAACCAGGAGGCACUGGUGCUCACGGCCAAGGCCACGGAACUCUUUGUUCAAUAUCUAGCCACCUAUUCCUACAGACAUGGCAGUGGAAGGGAAAAGAAAGCCCUGACUUACAGCGACUUAGCAAAUACUGCAGAGGAAUCCGAAACUUUUCAGUUUCUUGCAGAUAUAUUACCAAAGAAGAUUUUAGCUAGUAAAUACCUGAAAAUGCUAAAAGAAGAAAAGAGGGAAGAUGAUGAUGAGGAGGAGAAUGACCACGAUGACGAAAAUGACAACGAAGCUGAACCCUAAACUAGAGUUUUAAAAGUCAGCCUGGUGAGGAGCCUCCGGGGUCAGCACAGUUGCUUUGGUAGAUGUGUGGCUGCUACACCUUUAUCUCUCUUCCUUUUAAGAGACUUCCAGUUUAUUGUAUCCUUUCCUGGCUAAGAUCAGCAUCUCAGCACUUACACCACAAACAGUCCCAGGGGAGGUGACCCAGACAGCGGCCUCUGAGAGGGCAUCGCUGCAGUGGGAGGUAACUGAGAAAGCUGCCGGGACGGUCGGGCACUGCUGGUUACUCUGCUCAGCUCCAAACUGGAGAGGCAAAGAUGACUUUGCUUCAUUUUCUAAUUUACAAAUAGAUUUUGAAGAGCUUCUAAAAUACCGGUUGUGUAAAUUCGUAUAUGUAUAUUGUGGAAUUCUUAUAAACAGAUUCAGUUUUAGCUAAAUUUGUAGUUUAUAGGUAGAGUAUGUUACAUCAGAACUUUUAUAUUUUGCAGGUACUGGAUUCAAAUGUUAAUCUUUUAUACUUUUUUCUAUUAAAGAUAUGUACAUAUUUUUACAGAAGUACUUUUCAGAACAAGUUUUAGAGUUUGCUGUUGGUGUAGUGUUCUGUUGUUUACUGCUUGAGAAUUUUGUGUAAUUUAAAAAUAAGCAUUUCCAACACUUUCAUUACUGGAGUAAAAUUCCAAGUCAGGAUUACCAAACAAAAAGAAAUAUUUCUUCUGCAUAUGCAUGUUCUUAAAAUUAAAAAAAAAUAUUUUGUGGGGUGGCGCCUGUGGCUCAAGGAGUAGGGCACCGGUCCCAUAUGCCAGAGGUGGCGGGUUCAAACCCAGCCCCGGCUAAGAACCAAAAAAAAAAAAAAAAAAAUUUGUGUAUUGAUAAUAUCUCUUCUUACUGUUCUUUGCUUUAAAUCCUUUUACUGUCUAAGAGAAAACCAUAAGCCUUAUUUUUUCCCUCAUAUAUGGUGAAUGUUUGACUCCUGUCUCUUCAAUGUCUCUUAAAAAAAAAAAAAGAAUUAUAAUUUACGGGCGGCGCCUGUGGCUCAGUGAGUAGGGCGCCAGCCCCAUAUGCUGAGGGUGGCGGGUUCAAACCCAGCCCCGGCCAAACUGCAACCAAAAAAUAGCCGGGCGUUGUGGCGGGCGCCUGUAGUCCCAGCUGCUCGGGAGGCUGAGGCAAGAGAAUCGCGUAAGCCCAAGGGUUAAGAGGUUGCUGUGAGCCGUGUGACGCCAC